AUGGGUCUCCUAUUAUCUGUUAUUAUAACCUACGCUGGGUUCAACGAAGCCGUAGAAUGUAUUAGACACAUAUUAAGCGGAAUCGUCCCCGAAGCCGAGCCAAAUUUUCAAGACUUAGUUGAAUACUAUACGAGACUUCUCCGAAAGGCAGCAAAUCGAGAUUGGACUAUAGAAUGCGGUCAGGGAUACCUCCAUUUAACUGAAAAUAACGAUGGAUGCAUUAAGACAGCGGCUGUUAAAUUUUACGGCGACAAAACUAAUUCAACAGCUUUAUUGUUCUCGACAAAAAUAUCUAGCUUUGGCCAAGAUUCUAUUGAAGAUAACCGAGCAAACGGUGAUUAUAAACCCGAAAGGUAUUCGACUAAGACGAAAACUAUAAUCUCGCAGGCGGCGGAAUCGUUCAGUGUUGGAAGUAAAAAGGUAUCACCAACUUCUUCUGAAACCGUUUCAGAUACGAAUGAUUCCGAAGAUAAGAAUCACAACGGCGAAGACAAUAAAGAUAAGUUAACGUGGGAGUACAUACCUAAGAGCACUUCUCCAUUACCCGAAAUAAACUUUCAAUCACACGACGACGAUAAAAUUGAAGACGUUGCUUACACCGAAAACUAUUUAAGAUCACUAGAUGGAAUAAAGUGCAAGCCACUUCAACGAAAUGAUCCGAGUGGUAGAAGGAGAUCUUUUCGAAAACGUAAAUCAUCAUCUUCGAACUCAUCGAAAGAGUCGCGAGCCUCACGCGAGGAGGAACUGAAAGUGUUCACGUCUCUCGAGGAGGAAGAGUUCAAAAGCAUGAGUAGAGAGAAUAAUUACACAGGUUUUGGGAGCGCUCCUUAUUUAGAGACGCAUUCUUAUUCCAGAAGUCGGUCGCGGUCAAAAGAGAAGUUCAAUAGCGUUGAUGAAACUUCAAACAAUCGUAGCGAGGAGAGAUUGGAAGUGAAGCAUCAGAGUCUUCCAAGAUUAGGUUCAUUUGAAGAGAAAGAUGAGAUCAAAGAGACGGCAGAAGACAGUGAGGUAAAUGAAGAAUCAGAAGAUGUUGAUUUCUGGUCUAAUAUCGCUGAUUAG